AUGACGGAACUCCAAAAGAUUUCCUCCCCGACGACGGAUUAUGCCGUUGACAUUGAGCGUCGGGGAUUAACCUCCGUGGCCCCAGACGACGACGAAAUCGCACCUUUUGAUGAUUUGAAUGAUGCACCCGGCAAGUUCAGCUGGAAUCCUCUGGAGUGGAUUAAAGAAUUCCAACAGGACUGGAGGGAAUUCUCAUGGGCAAUGACAGAGAAGAGGCGGGUGCUUCUCCGUGCAGUCUUUGGUGAAGGCCUCUGCACAUUUCUCUUCCUUUUCAUUGUUGAAGCCGUGGCAGUGAACAAUGGCCGACAAGAACAACCUGAAAAUCUAACGCUCGGAGCUGUCGCAACCGCUUUUUGCAGUAUUGCUUUGAUUUACUCUUUUGCGGAUGUGUCUGGUGCCCAUUUCAACCCUGCUGUAACAUUUGCGACUAUGGUGACUGGAAAGGUUUCAUUGCGGAAAGGUCUUGCGUUUAUUUCAAUCCAGCUGUUCGCGUCCAUCUUUUCGGUUGUGGCACUUCUUAUUGUCUUCCCGGGCCCUCACCCUGGAUAUAGCAGCAUCCCGGCCUCUGUUGUGGUCGACAUUGACUCGAGCGCGCAUUUGGCUCAAGCGUUUUUCAUGGAAGUGAUCUUGACGUUUAUCCUCGUUUACGUGAUUUUUGCAACGGCUUUUGAUACUGUUGAUACAUCGAACGAAGUCAAGGUCAAGGCAAAGGGCGCAGGGGGAUCCGCAGCCGCACAAGCAGAUGACAAGUCGGUUGGGCGCUACUUGACCAUUUACACCACUUCUGGUACCACCAAAGCUGGGUUUGCUCCGUUUGCCAUCGGCUUUACACUUGGAUUCCUCGGCCUCAUUGGCGGUUCCGUGUCCGGAGGUGCCUUCAACCCCGCCCGUGCAUUUGGUCCCGCCCUUCUGUCUGGACACUGGAAUAAUCAUUGGGUGUACUGGUUGGGCGAUUUUAUUGGGGCUGCGCUGGCUGGUUGGGCCCAGCACUUUUUCGCACACGAGGCUGUCCAGCAUUCUGGUGCAAGUGCCAAGACAAAAAAGGGAGCGGAGAAUGAGAGGGUUGAGGAGGCACAAAAGGCGGCAAGGGCUGGUGAUCUCUCUUGA